UGGGGCGUUUUUUGGACGGGAAGUGUUCCUGGUGCACCCACGCAGAGGCGUCGAGGUAAGGCCCAUGGGGAAGGUUGUCGGGCUCCAUCCAUCAGAGAGGGGAACACCUUGGCACAAGGUCCUCCAUCCUGACUCGGAGCGCAUGAGUAUCCUUGCCUGAAUGUUCAGAGCGACCUAUUUUUUUUUUCUCUCCGUGCAUGAAUUAGAAAGUGUAAUAGCUGUAAGUGUUGCCGCGAAGCGUUAAACGUGGACUGACAGGAUUAUUGUCACUUGAUUUCUUCAAAGCUUCAAAAUACAGAUGGAAUGAUAAGGCGGCGCAUGUGUUGUGUGUCAUUACUCCACUGUGAUCUCUUCGAUUUGAAAGAUCUGAGACACAUUUUCACUAAAUGCCUAAUGGGACAAACAUCUCCUGUGAAUGAAAACAUACAAAAAAAGAAAACCCUCUAUGGUUUUCACUUGUGGCACCAAAUCUCGUUUGUUCCUCCUCAUACUGUAAUGCGAGGGUAGCGCAAAGCAGCCAUCAUCAUGACAGAUAUUUUUGGGCACUCAUCUCGGGCAGCGUUGGAGACUCCAAAUCAGCUGCGAGUCCAUGGCGUGCGUCAUUGCGCAGCGGCGCGUCCAGCCCAUAGUGGUUAAUGGGAAUCCGCUGACAGAGCACUACCAGUUGUUGUGCGGGCGUAUGUAUGCAUGCACGGAUCAGCAGGUGCUCUCUUCAAGUGGAUGGAAGUCACGCUUGCAGCCGCAGCGAUCUGAGGGGGGAACGAUAACGUUACGGACUCUUAUUUCCAGGAUGCGCUGACAUAAAGGACAUGCUCGCGGCGAUCGACUCUUACAGAUAAACUCCACCUGGUAUCUCCACUCCUUCGGCAGUCAUGGCUUUCUCCGUAUCUGGAGGGACUGUGUUCACCAUCCUCCUCAUUAGCAGGUUGUUAGAGAGCGCCAUGCUCAACGCAGAAGUGAAAGAGGGAGAGAUUCUGCCUCCCACCAUUCAGAGGCUGAUGAAAGGAUACAACAAGUACCUCAGGCCCUUCUUUGACAAUGGUCCUGUAACAGUGGGUAUGAGUCUGGACAUCGCCAGCAUUGACACCAUCUCAGAGAUCAACAUGGACUACACCGCCACAAUAUUCCUCCGUCAGCGCUGGACGGAUGAGCGCCUGGUGUUCGAAGGCAACAAGAGCCUGAGCCUCGACGGGCGGCUAGUGGAGCUGCUGUGGGUCCCCGACACCUUCAUCGUCGACUCCAAGAAGUCAUUCCUGCAUGACAUCACCGUGGAGAACAGGCUGAUCCGCAUCUUCCCCAACGGGACCGUCCUCUACGCACUGAGGAUUACCACCACCGUGGCAUGCAACAUGGAUCUGACCAAAUAUCCCAUGGACAAGCAGACCUGCACAUUACAACUGGAGAGCUGGGGUUACAACAUCAAUGAUGUCAUGUUCUACUGGACCAGAGGAAAUGAGUCUGUCAGCGGUUUGGACACUCUACAGCUGGCUCAGUACACAGUAGAGGACCACUACACGUCUGUCUCAGAGGCUGUGUAUGAGACUGGCAAUUACCCAAAGCUGGUGUUCCACUUUGAGCUGAAGAGGAGCAUUCUGUACUUCAUCCUAGAGACCUACGUCCCCUCCAGCCUGCUUGUCGUCCUCUCAUGGGUUUCAUUCUGGAUCUCUCUGUCCUCUGUCCCAGCACGUAUCUGUAUAGGAGUGACCACAGUGCUGACCAUGACCACUCUGAUGAUGGGAGCCCGGACAUCACUGCCCAAUGCCAACUGCUUCAUUAAGGCCAUUGACGUUUACUUGGGAAUCUGCUUCAGUUUUAUCUUCGGAGCGCUUAUUGAGUAUGCCGUGGCCCACUUCUGCACCCUCACUCAUCCCGACGCACACAUAUACAUGUACGGCCACCACAUGCACGACUUCGACGACGAAAAGAAUGGCAUGGUCCACACCAUCUCGAGUCACUCCAACAGGGCCAAGAGACGCAAAGAGGCCGACGCAACUCCUAACGCAGCUUCGGCCUCCCUAGAACUCACUGUCAGCACGUCAAGCCCCUCGGGCAUUGAGCCUAACCCUGAGGCAUCGCCUCCAGAGCCCACUCACUGGUGCAUCACUGUUCUGACCACCAUCCGCAAAGUGCUCCGCGCCAUAUAUUGCUGUCACGUGGAGAACCCCCACCACAUAGACAACUACUCCAGAGUCACCUUCCCCCUCUCUUUUGUCAUGGUCAACCUGCUGUACUGGACAUAUUAUCUGUACUUUUAGCAUUUGCUUGUGUGCAGCAGAAGUUCCAGAGGGUGUAAGACAGAGAGCGUAUGCAGACAAGAGGUGUAUUUUACUGUAUGUAUGUACAGUAAGUGUAAUUUAGGUGUGUUUUGAGAUGAGUGUGUAAACUUUCUACAUUUGGAUUCAUAAGCAGAGUAGCAAACUCACAUAGGGUUGAUUUUUUUGGGAAAAAGUAAAUGCUUAUGAUUACAGCUCCAUUUCUAAAUAUAAAUGUGUACUUGAGUCUGGUGUUGUUCAAAAAAUAGGCCCACCUGACACUGACCGUGUGAGAUUUGAUCAGUUCUGAUCAUCACCUUGAGAUGAAGCGAACGUUGCUUGCAGGGCGAAAAAAAAAAUGGCCAGUCUGCAUAUUUUUUUGCCGUAGUACUUUCGUUUUAUGCGUGUCACCGGGCAGGUUGUUACCGUCUGACACGAAGAAGAUGGAGCUGUAAUUUAAGGCUUUAUGACAGAAUUUGCUAGCAUUGCUGAGGGAGAGCAAAUGCCCAUUUCCACUUUGAUUCUCUGUUGUGAUGGAUUGAUCAUUAAUACUUUAUAAUUUCAUUUUCCAUUUCUGCCUGCAGGUAAUACAUUUAAGGGGAAAUAGGAAAAAUAAUGGAUCAGAGAAGAGGGGAUGGGAAAAAGAGACAAAGGAGCUGGAAAAAUAACUCUACACAGUCUUCAAGUACAAUCAUUUACUUUGCAGUUGAAAUCUCCCUCUUUCUUCUGUGUCAUUCCAUGAGUUAUUUUUAAUUCACAGAGCAGUGCUGUCUCUCUUCGCCUGCAUUCACUUCUUUCAUUAACACUAUAAAUGUAGUGGCCUUUAAUCCCUUUGGUUGUGUUCUGGAAAUCUGUUCACCAUGAACAGUUUUAUGGAACUUCAUUACACAAAUCUGUCCUGCAGUUUCACAAGGAAUUAUAUGGCAUAAAGAUGACAUCAUGAAAUGAUGAAAUUAUUCAUCAAAUGUAAUAUACUGUUAUUAUAUAUUAAGUUUCAGGAUUUUUGUUUCUGUUAAGGCAUAUUUUUUUCAUGGAUUUUUCUUUAUUUUCCAGCUUAUGUUAUUUCAUAAAGGCAUUUUCCUAAUUUUUUUUUAUGUCAUGUCACUUUUUAUAUCGUAAUACUAUGCCUCAGCUAGCGAGGCGCAACAGCUGCUAACAUUGCCAAGUUUUUGACCAGCUAGCUUUCGUUAGCUCGAAGCACAACAAUGCUGAAUAAGUCUUAAUCAAAUAACUAUCUUCUGCUGCAAUUGCUUUGUUCCCAAAACAAUAAAACUAUGUCACAAUUUAAAAAAAAACAUCUUCUUCUGUAGGUAUUGGGAUUUCCUUUAGAUUUAGCUAUUCAGGUAGGUAGGGUAGGCUGGUAGCUUGGAUUAUUGACUUGGCACCAAACUGAGGAGCCAGUGUUAGCAUGUUGGCUAAAUCAGUUUUACCUUGGCAGUGCUUUUGAAAAAGAACAUAUUUAAAUAACAAUUUCUGUAACACACUGAAAAUAAAGCUGUUAUAAAAAUCAGACUGGUGAAAAACACGUCGUAGUAAUGGGAACAAUUGCUUCAUUUCUUCAUCUCACUUUAUAUUCAUCAGGUUAUCAUUUAGCUAAUAUUGAACAUGUUGGGUCUCCAUACUACCUGGACAGGUGUAAUGUCAUAUAAUGGAGCGGAUAAACACAACAGCAACACCUGAUAUACAGGUACCAUGUAACAGUGAUGUAUGCGGUACUCUUGGUGUUGUUGCUCUCGGUGUUUCUCAGUGCUUCUUGUGACACAUAAAGCAGUAUUCAGACCUAGAUGUGUUAGACAUUGUGGAGUGAUUUGAAUAUAAAUGAAGUGGCCAAAAUAUUUCCACGGGAUGUCAUCAUCUGAGCAUUAUCUGAAAUGAAAAAAAUCCUGGAUAUGCUACACUUGAGAUAUCAUGUCUCUUUGGUUUCUUAAGGCUGUUGUCAUCUUCUACUGUGUUACUAUUGAGUGUUUCAGUUCAGGUGAUUCAGUAUGUUUGCUACCAGUGAUGUGAACCAAAGAACCAAAGAUUCCAAUUGAUUUUACUGUUUUCCUUGGCUUCCCUUUAGUUCCUCUGCUAGAUUUUAAGUUCAUUUUCAGAUGUUAAUAUUAUGUUUAUUAUACAUUGGAUAUUUCUGAACUGGCAUGCAAUCAACAAGCAGAUGAACAUGGCACUUGAACAUGACACUACAUUUCAGAUAGAAAACUGGAUUCAGUUUAACAACAGAAAUGCAUGUUUAUUUAUUACUGUACUCAAUAUUGCUGUGACAUACUCUUGCUCAUGACACCCCAUCAUUAAGAACUACCAUUCGGUGUGUGCUGAACGUAACGGCAAGCGAAAUUAUCAGUAUCUAUUUAUAUUCAAUUGCCUUUUUAAACUGUUUAUGUUCAUAUUUUUGCUGCAUUGCCUCACUUUUUAAUCCGGAUUUGAAUAUGUCAUCAACUACUAAACGUUUUGAUUGUUCUUCUUGCCUGAUGAUAAUAGAAAAGUAGGAUUCAAUUUUUUCGUUUUCUGUUCUUCCUGCAUGGCUAUCAAGUGUAACUUCUGUUGCUACUGAUUUACUUCAUUUUGAUUUGGCUUACUGUAAUGCACAGCUCAGUGAGCUGAGGCUGCUGAAAGGAGUAGAUCUGUAUCCAUGAUUGUUAAUGAUGAAACUCUGAAUUUGGGGUCUCAUCAGGUUCAGACGUUCAGGAAGUUCAACUUUCUCUUCUCAUUUUCAGUUAUUUGAACCUUUUUCUUUGAAAGGAUGAGUGCUCAGUGACAAUGUUCCUUUGCCUCCGACUGACGAAGUCGGCCGGCACUGACCCAUUGAAACAGUUAACAUGAUAAAAUACAGACGGUCAGCUUUUAUACAAUAUAGCACCGUGGCUGUAGUUUUGAUAGCUACCUUCUCAGUGUAUAGUACAAGAAAUGAAUGCCAAUAUGGAGCCAAAGAACCACAAGAGCAGCCACUCAAGCUUCCCCAUCAGUGUGGACGCAAAAAGAACGUUUUGCCACCCAAUGAUGAAAUUAAUCCCUUGACAAGGCUCAAGAGCCUCAAUUGUCCUAUGGCUCCAUGGUCCCAACUACGUUAUCAGUGCUGGGUUGCUGUGGAUAGACAGCACUAUAGAUGGUUACACAUAUUCAAGGAAGUUAAUGAAUCACAGACACAAAGAUAUGGAACAGGACAUUCUGGGCAGUAUUGUCGGGGACACAUUUGGAGCAACUUUUCAGCAAAAAUGGGCAACAGAAAAAUGGAAAACGGCAAACAUUGGACUACCCUUUCUUUCCUGUUGUGGGACAUGUCAAAUAAUGCCUCAAGGUGAUGUUGGCUACCAACCUCACAGUCCCUAGGACCUCUUCAUGUGAAAUGUAUUUAUAUACUGUAGUACCAUGAUGAUAUAAGCACCAGUUUGCUUAACCUGUUGUAAAUAAAUAGUAACACUAUGCAUGUUUAUUUGGUGUAUGAAUAUGAAUGAUAGCAAUAAAAGGUUUAACGUGUG